GAGAGAGAGAGACUGGGGCGUCUUGGGUGUCUUGGGUUUUGGUCCGUUGAAUCCAAUCAGUACCAAGUUUAACCAAGUUAAAAGUUCGGAACAAAGAUAGGCGAGGAGUAAAAGGUCCGGUGACCAGCUCGGGAUGGCACUAUGGCAUCGCGGCUGCUGUCUCGCUUGAAGCGCUCGAUCUUUAAAGAUGGCCAAGGAGCGGUGCCUGAGCAAACAGGGGAACGGGAGGAUGUUUGCGAGGCGGAACUGGAAGAGGAAGAUGAGUGUGUGACGGAGCAACUGGUUGGAACGCUGUCCUUCGACGACGGUGGAGCGGCUGAGGAUGGAGUGGAAGAGGAGGGGUCAGGCUUGGAUAGUGACUCUGAUUUCCUGGGCGAGUCACUUGAGGAGGAGGGGCUUUGCAACACAGGAAUUGGGGUUGGAGUUGGCCAGUCGGAGAGCUUGUCGUUUGAGGUGACGGAUGCCAGUGUGGUUCAGGACGUAUCCUCAAAAUAUGUGCUGUACACCAUUCACGUCGUCCAGGCGGGAAACAGUGACAAGACCCCAGCCGUCAUCACCCGCCGUUACUCCGACUUUCAGCGGCUGCACGCUACCCUGCGCCAUCACUAUCGAGACCAGAUGGAGCGUGUGUGUUUCCCGCGGAAGAAGCUGCGCAGGAAUUUUACAGCUGAGACCAUUGCCAAGCGGAGCCGUGCCUUCGAGCAGUACUUGACGCAUCUCUGCUCCAUACCAGACCUGUGGGGGGCGCCCUCUGUACGAUUCUUUUUUUACUUGCCAGAUCUCCAGACUGGACAGCUGCUCGUCAGUGUGGGCCGCUACCAGGAUGCUCUAGGACCACUGCUCAAUGCUAAGAGGCUGCAAGACAAACUGGGCAAGCCCCUGGAGCCCCUUCAUUGGCUCUUUACACUUGUGGCUCUGUGCUGUUGCUUUCAAGAAGUGGAGCAGCUAGAAGAAGCUAGGGAUCAAUGUGACCAAGCCCUCCACCUUCUAAUCCCAUCAGAGAGGACACACUUAGACAGGCCCCAUCCACUGCUUCCACCACUGUUACGGGCCGUGGUGCGCUUGUCGUGGCAGACAGGACAAGACAAGCGGCGAUGGGAGGAGCUUUUGCACACGCUGGAGGAGAAGGGGGUGGGGCAGGACAACCAGACAACCAUGAAGGAGUUUUUGGUCAAAUGUAACUUGCAAGACAACCAAAACGACACAAUAUAAGGGAAUCUUGAAAACUACAUUUUUUAAAUAGGGCAUUUAUGAUAUUAGUUAUUGUUUGAUUCACCAUUUACACCAUUGCAAUAGUUUGUAGUGUUCAUUGAUGCAAAUGUCACUAAUUCAAAGUCAGUUUUUGUAACUCGUAACUUUUUUAAUAUUUUAUAUUUCUAAAGAAAAUGAUUAAUGGGCACUCAAAGCGCUUUUUGACGUUGUCACCGUAUUCACCUACUGAUAACAUAGCAUCAGGAGCUUCGACAUGGUCAUCCAGGGUAGGGAAUUGGUAGACAACUACGUACUGUACCAUUGAGCCAUUGCACCCCUACAAUAAUAAUAAUUAUUUAAUAGUGAAGUAACAAGACUCAAAACAAUUUCUUCUUUCAGUACUUUAGAUGCUCACUGUGUUUGGGUUCUAUAUGAUGCAACACAAAAUGAUAAUGCUUUGACUUUUGAAGCAGAUUUUAUUGGAACAUUCUAUUUGAAUUGGGGCAUUCCAUUUACUGAAUUGAUGUGUGAAUUUCAAAUUUCAAUGGCAUGUACUUAGACGUGCUGCUUAUCUGGCUGCAGAGUUGCCGUGGAAAACAGUCUGAAUGCGGGAUAAAGACAGACUUUAAAUGAAAAUGAAUGUGCAAUGAAGUUUUAUAAUUUUCUUUUUCAUUCAUGUAACUUUUGUGUUUUUAAAUUGGGUGCCGUUGUGCCAUUAAUGAAGGCUAAACCUGAGCUGCUCUGUGGUUUUAUUUUUUGCAUGUAUACUAGAGUUUGCAUUUGAAAUAGAUUAUAAUUGUAGGUCCCAGUCCAUUUGGAAGGGAAAAAAUAUUUAAAUCAUUGUUUUCAUGCCAUCUCCCCACCGUCAAUGGGCCCUCGGUGGCAAAGUCCGCUUUUCUCACUACCAUGCCUAUGAAGGCCUACAUGUGUAAAAUCUUUAGUAGUGGUACUGGUACCCCACUGUGAAUAAAUCAUCAUAAAUCUAGGAUCUGACAUAAUUAACAAUAAAUAAUAAUGCAAUUACAAUUUUUGAACUUGCAAAUUAUUUUUAAACUAACUCAUAAAACAGGCCUGGAUGGAAAUUAUGGCAUUUCAUAGCGAAAUAAACUGCCCAGUAUCAGAAACCGUCAGUCGAACGCCAUUGAUCUUGCAUUAGGCUAAUGACACACAACAGUGAAAAACACCAAUAUCUGAGGAUGGAGUUACAAUGAUCCCUCGUUUUUCGCAGUUCAUGGGGACCAGAACCCGCCACGAUAAGUGAAAAACCGUGGAGUAGCGCCACCCCCCCAAAAUGUUUUUUUUUUUUUCGUGUGUUCAAUGUAUUUAUUCAGAUUUAGCAUAGGAAAGAGAUACAUAUAAGACAUGUUUUUUCACUGUUUUUUCCCUCAAAGUAUAAUUAUAAAAAACACUUAUGUAUAUGGCGGAAAACACUCAGGUGACUUGAAGUUACGCUGAGACCCCCAAUUUGGCUAAAUUUAAAAAUUGUCCUACAUGCGUGUGUGAUAUAUCAUUGGAAAGCUUAAAAUCUCAAUUUUCUGGUGGAAGAAAAAUUUUGAACAGGAGAGCAUUUAAAAAAAAUGCUAUGCAUGCUAGUCAGUUAGCAUGCUGUGUCCAUAAUUCCCACACUAGCAUUGACCUGCAGUGUAUGUUUUUAUGUAGCUUUCCGGUAACUUGAGAUGAGAGCAUGAGAGAGCAUAAUUAAAGACACCAUGAUUUUAAUGAGAUAUUAUUGUGUACUUACCUUGUUCUGAUCCAAAAAUUCAGUGUAGCAUGUCUCAUCGAGUGUCUGGACCAGGGGUCCCCAAACU